CCGCCCCGGAAGUCUUUCCCGGCGUUUCCUGUCGUCGCCCCUCCCCGCCCCCCCCGCCCCAGCGUCGUCGUCGUCGCCGCUGAGGGAGCUCCGAGGCCUCCAUUUUCCCCGCCUGAGGCAGCGCGACUGUGAACCACAGCCAUGUCCGACUUUGUGGAAAGCGAAGCGGAAGAAUCAGAGGAGGAGUAUGACGAAGAUGGGGAAGUGGUCUCGAGACCCCCCAAAAAGUUUGUGGAAGACGAAGACGAGGAGGAGGAAGAGGAGAACCUGGACGACCAGGAUGAACAAGGGAACCUGAAAGGGUUCAUCAACGACGACGACGAUGAGGAAGAGGAGGAGGAGGAAGAGGCCAGCGAUUCCGGAGACUCGGAGGACGACGUCGGCCGGAAGAAGAGGAAACGCAAUUUUGAUGACCGCCUGGAAGACGAUGACUUCGACCUCAUUGAGGAAAACCUGGGCGUCAAAGUGAAACGGCAAAAAUUCAGGCGGGUACGGAAAAUGUCGGACGAUGAGGACGAGAAGGAGGAAGACUAUGGGAAGGAGGAGCACGAGAAGGAAGCCAUUGCGGAAGAGAUCUUCCAGGACGGGGAAGGCGAGGAGGGGGGCGAGGGAGCCGACGGGCACCUGGCCGCAGCUGACGAUGAGGAGGAUGAAGAGGAAGACGAGUCCGACAUUGACGACUUCAUUGUGGAUGAUGACGGUCAACCCCUGAAGAAGCCCAAAUGGAGGAAGAAGCUCCCCGGAUACACAGACGCGUGAGUCUGCCUCUGCUCUGACAUGC